AUGUCGGGUCUCGAGAAUGCGCUUUUCAACCUCAAGUUCACAGCCAAGUCGCUGAACCGGCAGGCCCUCAAAGCUGGCAAGGAAGAGCAGGCUGAGAAGACCAAGCUGGAAAAGGCUAUGAAGCAGGGCCACAACGAUAUCGCACGCAUCUACGCCGGAAACGCCAUCCGCAAACAGAACGAGAAGCUCAACCUCCUACAGCUCGCCUCCCGCGUCGAUGCCGUCGCUGGCCGUGUACAAACAGCAGUUACUAUGCGCCAAAUCACGGGCAACAUGAUGAAGGUCAACCGGAGUCUGGACGUGGCCAUGAAGUCGAUGAGUCCUGAACGCAUUGCUGCAGUCAUGGUUGAUUUUGAGAAACAAUUCGAGAACGUAGACUCCGCUACCGAACUCUAUCAGGACAUCACCUCGUCUGCCACGGCCGUUGGCACCCCACAAGAAGAUGUCGACCGCCUCAUGGCCCAGGCAGCAGAUAAAGCAGGCGUUGACCUACAACAAGACCUGCAAGAGGCCACGCCGGCCAAGACCAAGGUGGGUCCCACCGAGCAGGAAGAGGAGGCUUUUACCGAGAGGCUGCGCGCGCUGAGAAACUGA